ACUCUGAAUAAUAUCCAUCUUUCUCAGAAUUGCAACUUCCUCAAACUCAGUUUAGCAGUUCUCAGAUAUUUCUGGUUUGGCGGCAGAUCGGAAAGUCUACAAAACGUUCAGCAUCUGUCAAAGCAAUGGAGGAAAUUUAUAUGAAUGUUGAUCCUGAGAAAAGUGACUGGCAAAUUCCUGUUGCAAAGAAUGAAGGUUCUGGCGGCUCUAAGAAGAAGCUCUAUGUGGGUGUCAUCAUCUUUCUGGGGCUUCUGAAUGUUUUCCUGCUGAUUGGACUCAUCAGUCUUGGUGUUUUCUACAAUCUGACUGAUCGUCUCCAGGACAGUGAUGACCGGCUUUCUGUAAUGACCGAAGAAAGAGACCGUCUGAAAGCAAACCUCACAGAAAUGAUCAGGCUCCAGAGUUUGUUGAAGGAAAAGAAAACAUGUCCUGCAGGAUGGAGCAUGUUCAGCUGUUCUUGUUAUUUCCUCUCUACAUCAUCUGGAUCCUGGGAUGAAGCCAGAACAGACUGCAUGAACAGAGGAGGAGAUCUGGUGGUGAUAGACGACGAUGAUGAAGAGAAUUUACUUUCUAAAAUGACCAAAAAAGAAACAUGGAUUGGUUUGAAUGAUAAAGAAACUGAAGGAUCCUGGAAGUGGGUUGAUGACACUCCGCUCACUCAAGCAGUUACCAAAUACUGGUCGAAUAAACAGCCUGAUAAUGGUAAUGGAGAUUCACAGUAUGGGGAAGAGGACUGCGUACAUAUCACCAUUGAGAAGUUAUGGAAUGAUCUUAAAUGUUCUGCUUCUCUGCAGUGGCUCUGUGAAAAGGAUCCGGUCUAA